UGCUCAACUUUCCCUUUCGCACAGUGUUUUUGUUAACGCGUUUCCUUCAUAUUUCGUCAUUGUGUUCUUUCACCAUACCCACUCUUCUCUUCAUCACUAAACUAUAGAAGUAUUAAUUCACAAUGUCAACAAUCAUCAGAGACCGUAACGGCAAUCCCAACCCCAACCCCAACCCCACACCACCACCACCACAAUCCAUCACCAUCACAAUCCUCGACCACUCUCUCCCAUCCUCCACUCACAACCUCUACGACAUCACCUUCGACUCCAUCUUCACGAUCCAAACCCUCCUAACCUCCACCCCUUCCAUAGUCGACGCCUGGUUCCUCGAAACCCACCGUCUCCAUCCCUUCCCUCUCCUCGUCGGUCUCGACAUCGAAUGGCGUCCUAACUUCCAACGCGGCCAAUCAAACAAAACCGCCGUCCUCCAACUCUGUAUCAACAACCGCUGCCUCGUUUUCCAAAUCAUCCAUUCCCCUUUCGUUCCUACUUCCCUAUUAACGUUCCUUGCUAACCCUAAUAACAGAUUCGUUGGAGUUGGAAUUAAAGAAGAUAUUGAGAAGCUUCUAGAAGAUUAUAAUAUUAGUGUUGCGAAUUUUGUUGAUUUGAGGAACCUUGCUGCUGAUGUGUUGAAUGAUCAAGAAAUGUUGAGGACUGGGAUUAAAUCGUUGGCGGUACGUGUGAUUGGGAAAAGUGUUCAGAAACCAAAGAAGGUUUCGAUGAGUAGAUGGGAUAAUCCUUGGCUUUAUGCUGAUCAGGUUAAGUAUGCUACCGUUGAUGCUUUUGUUUCGUUUGAGAUUGGUCGUCGUUUAUAUUCUAUUCAGAAUCAGAAUUGAUUUCAGUGAUUUAUGUGUGUAGUGUGUUUGGUUUUGUUUUGUUUUAUUCUGUGAUUUUUCAGUGUUGUAGUAUUUGGGGAAUUUUUGUGUAUAUGUGUUAAUGACAGUUAUUAUUUCUGGAUUUUGGAUUGAAGUAAUUAAAACUUCAGAUUUGAAGGAUUUAAUAUCAUUUCUGUAUGUUUUUCUUUUGAA